AUGGAAUGCACUCAAGGAAACAGAAAGGCCGCUGCCUCCACUAUGUCGUUAGCUAAUUGUCAUGGGAUGGUGACACGUUCGAAGACGAGAGCUCAAAAAUGUAUGGAGAAUUCGGCCGGUACACAGAAAGCUCCUCUGAGCGAAGAUGAGUGUCAUCUCGACGACGAACUUAAAGUUAUCGCUAAAAAGGAACCAGUGACUGAGGAACUUACAUGCGAACAAAAACAUAUUGAUAAACAGCAAGCGAAAAAGGAGGGACCCAACUGCGAACUACAAGCUGAGGACGACAAGAAGGUUGAACUUACUUCGAAAACGGUACAAGGAUUGCUUGCGUAUAACGGUUCGCCUACGCAGCUCAGCGGUGAACUCGAAGAUUUUGCUGGAAGGGAACUAGCAAGUGAGGAGCUCGACUGUGGAUUAGAACCCACUGAUAGAAAGGAAGCAAAAAGUGGAAAGGUUCCUUGUGAACAAGAAACUUUUAAAGAAGAAUUGAAAAGUGAAGACGACAAGAUGGCCCAGUCAGUCCCCUAUAGCUUGGACGAGCUGAAGAAGGAUUUAAGUAGGAUCGUAUAUUUGAAGAGAGUUAUUGGUCAGCUCAAAGCUUGCAUAGAGAUGGCAGACUACCUUUGUCAGAACCUCGAGCAAACAAAUGUUGAACGUCUUGCACAGUUGGAGGAAAGUGUUACCGAGAAGGAACACAAAUUCUGA